UCGUUUUGAAGCACGCGUCUAGUGGGUGUCAGCCUCCUCCACUUCACUCUGCAGCCCCUGCAGAAACAGAGAAAAGUCUGCACACACAGCCCCCUGACACCCAGACGGACCGCACACUGACAUCGUGACUGCGACCAUGGCCUCCCUGGAGCUUGCACUUCUGAGCGUGUCGGACAAGACUGGGCUGCUGGACUUCGGCAAGAGGCUGGUGGGAGCUGGACUGUCUCUGGUGGCCUCGGGAGGCACAGCCAAAGCCCUGCGAGAGGCUGGGCUGGCAGUCAGGGAUGUGUCUGAGCUGACGGGACAUCCAGAGAUGCUGGGAGGCAGAGUGAAGACUCUUCAUCCUGCUGUCCAUGGAGGCAUCCUGGCCAGAAAAACCCCCUCUGACACGGCAGACAUGGAGAAGCUGGGCUACAGCCUGGUCAGAGUGGUGGUGUGCAACCUCUACCCGUUUGUGAAGACCAUCUCUAACCCGAGCGUUACGGUAGAAGAUGCGGUGGAGCAGAUUGAUAUUGGUGGUGUCACUCUGCUGAGAGCUGCAGCUAAAAACCAUGCCCGGGUCACCAUUGUGUGCGAUCCUGCUGAUUAUUCGUUAGUUGCCAAGGAGAUGGAGAGUUCAGUGGACAAAGAUACAACCCAAGAAACACGCAGGACUUUGGCCCUCAAAGCCUUCACACACACAGCGCAAUAUGACGAGGCCAUAUCCGACUACUUCCGUGGACAGUACAGUCGCGGUGUCUCCCAGCUGCCUCUGCGUUACGGCAUGAACCCCCACCAAGCACCCGCCCAGAUCUACACCCUGCGCUCAGAGCUUCCUCUCAAAGUGGUCAACGGCUCUCCCGGCUUCAUCAACCUCUGUGACGCUCUGAAUGCUUGGCAGCUGGUCAGAGAGCUGAAGAGUGCCCUUGGCAUGCCUGCCGCCACUUCCUUCAAGCACGUCAGCCCUGCUGGAGCUGCCGUCGGAGUUCCUCUGACUGACGAGGAGGCUAAAGUGUGCAUGGUGCAUGACAUGCUGAAGGACCUCACUCCGCUAGCCACAGCUUACGCAAGAGCACGAGGUUCAGACAGGAUGUCGUCUUUUGGAGAUUUCAUUGCUGUGUCUGACGUGUGUGACGUCCCCACUGCCAAGAUUAUAUCUAGAGAGGUCUCAGAUGGCAUCAUUGCUCCGGGUUAUGAGGAGGAGGCGCUCAAAAUCCUCUCAAAAAAGAAAAAUGGCAACUACUGUGUGCUUCAGAUGGAUCCAGAAUACGAGCCUGAUGACGCUGAAGUGAGAGUGCUGUUCGGCCUCUAUCUUAAGCAAAAGAGGAAUGGAGCGCUGAUCGAUAAAGAAUUCUUCAACAAUGUUGUUUCCAAGGGCUCGCUCUCUGAGGAAGCUGUUCGUGACCUCACCGUGGCCACCAUCGCUGUCAAGUACACUCAGUCCAACUCUGUCUGCUACGCUAAAGACGGACAGGUCAUUGGUAUCGGUGCUGGGCAACAGUCCCGGAUCCACUGCACCCGGCUGGCGGGUGACAAGGCUGAUAACUGGUGGCUGAGACACAACCCUCGGGUCCUAAGUAUGAAGUUUCGCAGCGGUGUAAAGCGAGCAGAGAUGGCCAACGCCAUCGAUCAGUAUGUCAGCGACACCAUUGGACAGGGCCCAGACUUGGCAGUCUGGAAGUCGAUGUACGACGAGGUACCGGAGCCUCUGUCAGACACUGAAAAGAAGAACUGGAUCAGCUCUCUUCAGGCCGUCGCUGUCAGCUCUGAUGCCUUCUUUCCUUUCAGAGACAACAUAGAUCGGGCCAAACGGAGCGGCGUUGAGUACGUGGCAGCUCCAGCGGGUUCUGCUGCUGACGAGGUUGUGAUCAAUGCCUGCAAUGAGCAGGGCAUCACUCUGGUGCACACCAACCGCCGACUCUUCCACCACUGAGCAACACUACGGAGUCAAACAUUUCCUAGCGUUACUGACAAACAUUCCUCUUGUUUUCAUGUUAAAGUGUAAACAUCUUAAAUACUGUUUUUGUAACACAUUAACUCCAUUACUGGAUUACGAUCCUAACAUGAAUGAACCACACAGUUACUGUUUAUCUUCAUUGUAGGUCAGUCAACUGUUGAAGUGAAAUAAAGUCAUGACUUUGUGAA